CAGGCGAGGGAAGGCAGUAAAAGGGCGGCAGGCGAGCAAAAGAGGUGGGGGCGACGGGAAAGAAGGCAAUAGAGAACACCGGGCUCCCCCCCUCCCAGGCCGGCACCCACACCUGUCUUCCCGCUUCCGCCGAAAAGCUUCUGCGCUCCCUCCGCCGCCGGAAAAUAGUCCCCCUCCUUCCUUUCCUUCUUCCUGCUUGCCUCUCUCAACAGGCUCCGCCGCGAUGGCGCUGAAGAGAAUCCACAAGGAGCUGAAUGAUCUGGCACGUGAUCCUCCAGCACAAUGUUCAGCAGGGCCUGUUGGAGAUGAUAUGUUCCACUGGCAAGCAACAAUAAUGGGACCAAAUGACAGUCCCUAUCAGGGUGGGGUCUUCUUCUUGACAAUUCACUUUCCAACAGAUUACCCCUUUAAACCGCCUAAGGUUGCAUUUACGACAAGAAUUUACCAUCCAAAUAUUAACAGUAAUGGCAGUAUUUGUCUUGAUAUUCUACGGUCGCAAUGGUCUCCAGCAUUAACUAUUUCAAAAGGUAAGCAAGAGAGCUUUUACUGUACAUGGAUAUAUAUUUCUAGAGACAAUAUGCAGAUGUCUUUACUCUUUAAUUUCCUACUUGCAAUCAGUUCAGAAUUUAAAGCACUUAGACCUGUUUACACCAAAGUUUAUGGAGUUACAUUUUAAUUAUAUCAAAUCAAUUUAGUGUUGUCUUGAUCCCACGUAUGCCUUUGUUCUGGUUUUGUGAGAAAGUUUGACUUCUACUUUGUAACUGAAACAUUAUAAGCAUUUGGUUUUCAUUUAUAUGUAUGAUUUGGAUAUAUAUUUCUUUUAAAAAUCCUCAUAACCAGAAAUAUCUGAAUUGAAAUAUUAAAUUAGAAAAAAAAAGACAGCAAGCAGUAAAGAGAAUUGUGUGGAUUGAAUAUUCUAUUAAAAUGAAUUCCAAGCUCUGUUUAGUAAUUACUAUAAAAUAAAUAUUCAAAAUAUGCAGUUGUUUUAACAAUGCAACAACACUGUUGCAAGUAUGUGCACAAAAUGGUGCACAUACAUUUGGUGUCAAAUUCAGAGUAAAAAGUACUUUAUUUUAAAUGCUGGAACACUCAGCGAUAGAAAGAACUUGGAACCAUCUAUUGCUUCCCUGUUUUUCACACCACAAAAGAGGAGGGCUUAUAGUCAUGCUCAGUAUAGCUAACCCCCUAUAUUGCAAAAGACCUUAAAUAUAUUUUGACAACUAAAAUAAACAGUAUGAAGAGACUCCUGUUCUUACCAUGAAAAAAAUCAUUUAGAUUUGAAUCUUUUAUUAACACCAAUAUCAGGGAGAACAAAUAGAACUUUUUCUGAGUUCUUAUAGGAGAAUGGGAACAACUAAUUUCUAUAACACUCCUUUAAGUUAGAAUCUCUCUUCUCUAACAUUUUCUUAUGCUUAAAAUAUAGGCACAUUGAUUGAAAUAUUGCAAUCCAUUAUGAACAUAUUUCAUUCAACAAACUAGAACCUUGCUUUAUGAUUUUCAGAUUGCAUAAGCAUGGUUACAUGCAUAAUCCUUUACUCAUUUUUAAACUUUCAGGUAUUCAGUAAAUUUGUGAAUAGGUUCGGAUAAAAAUUAAAUAGCUUUAUCUGCCAACCAUUGCGUUUAAAUGUGCAUACUAAAUUCCUUUUGUUGGUUGUAAUUCUCUGGUUUUCUAAAGCUCGUAAUAUUGCUAUAGUGUUGCACAUUGAUCUUAUAUUAACCAACACUGCACACGUGAUUAUGUUGUACAGCAAUUAUGAAAACCUAUAAUGUUGUACAACAAUAUUUUAUGUAGAUACUCCUAGUAAAUACGUUAAAAUGUAAAGCAAAUUUCAAACUCUAGAGAAAAAUUGUUUUAUCUUGUAUUAUAAUGUUUUAUUUUAAAGAAAAUAAAUAUUUUAAGAAAUUUUAUAUAUUAACAUUCAUAGUUUCUGGUAUUUUCAGUCAGGCAACGAUAUCAUCAAGCUUUGAUUAUCUGUAUAUGUUUACAGAAUAAAGUUGUUUUGAUUUACCUAAAA